AUGCGCCGCCCACCACGCCUCCGAGGAGGCUCCUCGCUCCUGCUCCCAUGGCGCUCCCUCUGCACCACCGCGGGCGCCCCCACUCCCACUCCCGCGGCGCCAACCGAGCCCCUUUCCGUGCACUUCUCAAACCGCCCGGCUGCCACCGCCCCCGCCGUCGCGGAGAGCCUCACCUCCACGCUCCGCUCGCUCCUCGCCGAAUCCCCGUCCCACCCGCGCGCCUUCCCGCUCCUCAAGGCGGCCGCCUUCGACUCCCGCCUGCCCCCGGCCGCCCUCGUCGACGCCGUCCUCCGCGCCGCGGCCGGGCCAGACUCCGGCUCCCCCGCAGCCGCCGCCGCCCCCGUAUCCCUCCUCAGCCGCCUCCUCGCCUCCCUCUCCCGCGCCGGCCACGUCGCCGCGGCCACCGACGCCUACGCCCACAUGGUCGCCCGCGGCGUCGUCCCGGACGUCAAGUCACGCACCGACCUGCUCGUCACCACCGGGCGGUGCUCGUCGGCGGCGGACGCGCUCGCGCUGUUCGCGGAGAUGCGGGACAGAAGCUACCCCGUGGACGCGUGGAUGUUCGACGCCCUCAUGCGGGCCUGCGCCAAGGAAGGGAUGCACGGGGACGCCGUCAGGCUGUUCGACGAAAUGGCCGCCGCCGAGGUCCAGCCCGACCAGCGCGUGUACGCCAACGUGAUCGCGGCGCUCUGCAAGCUGCGUGACGCCGACCGCGCGCUGCUCCUGCUCCGGGAGAUGAAGGGGGCUGGCUUCGAGACGUGGGACUUCACGUACAGGUCCGUGGCCGAAGCGUUCGUCAAGGCGGGGAGGAUGGAGGACGCUCUGCGGGUCAAGGACGACAUGCUGGCCGCCGGGAAGAAAAUGAACGCGAUUCUCGCCACGAUUCUGAUGCACGGGUAUUGCCUGCGACGCGAGGUUGGGACCGCGCUGGAUCUUUUCGAGGAGACUGUGGCGGAUGGCAUAGUGCCUACUAUUGUGAUGUACGGGGUGUUAAUCAAGGCCUGUCAUCAAGAGGGGAUGGCGCAGAAGGCGUAUGUGCUAUGUCGCCAGAUGAGAGGGCAGGGGUUGCUGCCAAGCUCGUCCGAGUUCCGUUUGGUUAUCGACGGCCUUUUGCAUGAGAAACGGUGGGAGGAUGCUGUAAGCUUGUGUGAGGAGAUGCUUGCUUCUGGCCUAUCGGAUGUCUUCACAUACACUAGUCUAAUCGAUUGGCUCUGUCAGCGACACAAGCUCCGUGAAGCGCUAAACCUAUUUGAUAAGAUGAAGGAAGCUGGAGUGAAACCAUCUAUUGUGACAUACCACAGCUUGUUAAUGGGCUACUGUCAGAAGGGGUGCAUGGAUGAAGCACUCAAAUUGUACUCAGAGAUGCCCGCGCAAGGAUUCGAACCUAAUGCUGUCACAUACACAACUUUGAUGAAAGGGUAUAUCAGAAAGAACAAUUUUGCCAAAGCCUAUGCCCUCCUUGAUGAAAUGAAACAGAAUGGAGUUCCUUGCAAUGAGUUCACAUAUAACGUGCUCAUAAAUGGCAUUUGCAUGGGUGACCGGAUUUCUGAAGUUGAUGAAAUGUUGAACAACUUCGUAAGCCAAGGUUUUGUCCCCACCACAAUAACAUACAAUAGUAUCAUCAAUGGAUUUGUGAGAGCUGGUAUGAUGGGCUCAGCAUCAGCUAUGUACCAGCAGAUGUGCGAAAAAGGUAUACCCACCGACAUAGUAACAUAUACCAGUUUCAUUGACGGUUACUGUAGGACCCGUUGUUGUGAUCUCGCACUCAAAAUGCUAAAUAGUUUGAGAUGCAAGGGCCUUCAACCUGACAUUGCUACAUACAAUGCUUUAAUAAAUGGGUUUUGCAGUGAAGGGAAUAUGUCUCAUGCAAUGCAGUUUCUUGCUCUUCUACUGAAAGAUGGUUUAACACUCACUGCUGCUGUCUACAAUAGUUUUAUUACCGGGUACAAGAAUUUGAAAAUGAUGAAAGAAGCUUCCAAAUUUUACGAGAGCAUGAUUAAAGACGGAAUCGCUGCUGAUACAGUUACAUACACUACCUUAAUCGACGGUUUCUCAAAAGAUGGCAACGUAGCCUUUGCGCUGGAGCUGUACUCGGAGAUGUUGGCUAAGGGUAACAUCCCCGAUGCUAUCACUUUCACGGCGUUAACACAUGGCCUUAUCCGCAGUGGAGACUUUGAUGGUGCUAAGAAGUUAUUGGAUGAGAUGAGGAGAUUGGAUGUACAGCCUAAUGUUUAUAUUUAUAACAUGCUGAUAAAUGGAUACCUCCGUGAUAGUAAGCUGCAAGAAGCAUUCCAGUUGCAUGAUGAAAUGCUUAACAGGGGAAUUAUGCCUGAUCACAUAACUGAUGACAUACUGGCUGGCCAGAAAUCUUUAGAAGGUGACGGUUGUGCUGAUGUGCGGGCUCCUAUUUAAAAUUUCUGCCAGUUGUUCAGUUAAGAGUACCUUGGCUUCAGCAGAUUGAAGCUUCCACUCAUGACACCAUUGAGUUGGGAAACUGUGUGCUAUAACCCUAUAAAUAAAGGGAAACCUUAACAAGGCAAGAUGGAAGCAAAGAAAGUUAAUGGCGUCCUGUGCACCUGGUGUAUCAUAAGAUCAUGCCUGCUGCUCACCUGUGUUACAACAAGUGUGUUGAAAUCCCAUCAAAUUUUGCCCACCACCGCCCAAAAGGAUGAUAUUUUAGGUGAGAAGCACAGGAAUCAGGGAGGGCAAUUGUGAGACCCCCAACAAGAGGUGUCUGGUCAAUUUAGCCUCAUACACUCCUGACGUGUCUCCUGUCACUGUAAAUGUAAAUAAUGGAAGACCUGCUGAUGAAGACUGCACUGUUUGACCGGCAAAAUAGUUAUUUACACUUUGAUUCAUAAUCUUAAAUUGUUGCAAUUUUGAGAAACUUGCUGUGACUAGGAAUCAAGUAGUACGAGUGGUAAUGAGCUCAUGUAUGUGUAUUGGGUUCAAAUCACCAGCUUUCAAGAUCUCCCAGUCUCGGUCCAA